GCUGCAUCUAUCCCUGCUCCACUGCACUGCACCAUGGGCAGCCUCAGGGCAGGUCACUGGGUCCAGGUGGUGGUUUAUAUGCUUCUGUUGCAGCUUCAGACUGUAAAGGUGCAGGGAUUUGAUUCAGUUUCCCAGAAACUACAGCAACUCAAUGAACAGUUCCAGCAGUUCCAGGCUUUGACUCAUGCCCGUUUGAACAUGCUGGCCCUGAACCAGAACAAGAGCUCCUUCCAGGCGUUGCAGAGUCGUCUACAAACCCUGAAUGACCAUUACCAUCAUGUAUCACAGGACCUGGAACAUCUAAAGCACAGCGCAACGCAGGAGAUAGAGGGUCUCAGAGAGAGGAACAGGAAGCUUGAGAGGAAGAAUAAGCGGCUGGAGGGCCGAUUGACUUCAAUGGAAAGAAAGUUUAGGCAGAACUGCCACCAGACUCAAAAAGUGACAGCUGAACCUGAACAAGACUUCUCCAACCUCACCCUGGAGCUCCAGAGCCAAGAGGAGAGGCUGGCUGCUCUUCAAAUCCAGCGUGAUGAGUUGCUCAUUGGACUGAAGGGAUUGCUGGAAUCCCUGAAAAACCAGGCAACGCGUUUGACCCGACUGGAGGGCCGGCUCAGCAAAGUCCUGGAGGGGAAUGGAAGGCUGAAGGUGAGAGGGUUGUGGAGGGCGGGAGAGCCUGUUAGCUCCAACAUUACACCUCAGGAAUACUAUAGACCAUGCAGAAGAGGUCAACCAAGUAUAGGAGGAAAGUGUGGACGGAUUCUGGAAGUACAUACCCGACCCCGAUCAGAAGGUAGCAGCAAAAUAAAGACUGACAGUCAUCUUCAAAAUAAGCCACACCAACUCCAUGUAGCAAACCAGACUAAGCAUUCGAAAGCCCAGAAUGCAGAGUCGCAGCCACAGAUACAAGUCCAGAAAGGAAAUCCUAAAGCACAUCCUGACCCUUUCCAGCCCCAGUCCCAGUCCCAGGUCCAGACUCAGGCUCAGACACAGCCCUAUCCACUACAGAAUCAGCACCAGUUCUCCCACCAGACUUUUUCUCAUCAUCAGCGCCAGACUGAUUCCCAGGUACAGAAACCUGGGGAUCCUCAGAAAUCCCACAAACAGCCUUCUUGGAUGCUUCCCCAGGUUCCAACUUAUCAUAAACCAGAAGACAAACAGAACAGGACCAGGCUGAAGGCUCCACAGCCUCGGGCUUUACAUGUUUUCCCUAAGCCCAAACCUGAUACCUAUGAGCCAAGAGCUAGCAGGUGGGAUGAAGAAAAGGAAGACAUAAGUGACAUGGUGAUCCCUAACUUUCUGCAAAUCCCUGUCAGGCACAAGAUCCCAACACAGCCGAUUCCUAAGAGGGAUGCAACCAUUUGUAAUGUGGACUCCAUGUUGUUGUUCCCCUCGGCCUCAGCAGAAAACUAUGUCACCUUCUCCCCGACUCUACCAGAUCUCCCUGAACUCUCUGUGUGCCUGUGGCUUCGCGUCGAGGCCACACAUAUCGGCACACUGCUCUCUUAUGCCACAGAUGACAAUGACAAUCAGUUAGUUCUGUAUGGACACAGGUCCUUGUCUUCAUCUGCACCCUCCUCUGUUUUUUCAUCUUCCUCAUCCUCUUCCUCAUCCUCAACUUCUUCCUCACCCUCUCUGGACUUUGUCGUUGGAGACCCCGCCUACCGUCGUCUCCAGGUGUCUGCCCUUCUGGAUGCUCGCUGGCAUCACCUCUGUGUCGUUUGGUCCUCCAUUGAUGGUCGUUUCUGGCAUUACAAUAACCACCUCCUUGCCUCCUCAGGCUCUGACUUCAGGAAGGGUUGGGAAAUUCCUGGAGGUGGGGCUGUGGUGCUGGGACAGGAGCAGGAUUCUGUUGGUGGGGGAUUUGAUCCUGCAGAGGGUUUUGCUGGACAACUGGCGGGGUUUAGGUUAUGGAACCGUGUGCUGAGCCCAUCAGAGGUAGAAGGAGUGGCAGCAGGAAGAGGUGUGCCCAGAGGAGUGGUGCUUGGCAUGGAGGAUAUACAGGAGGUCCAUGGGGAAGUGCAUCAUGUGGCCUGUGACUGUUUAGAGUAUUGUGUCUGA